CAUCUAGCUCAUCUCUCAACUGAGUCCCCUCAAGAACACAUUUCUUCACAUAGCAGUGAGCUAUGGCCAUGAAAAUCUGGCAACUGAGAUAGUCAACCUUCACCGUCCGCUUUUGUUUGAGAAAAAUUUCCAAGGUGACACUGCACUUCAUAUUGCGGCAAAAGGUGGGAGACGGGGUAUGGUAGGAAUUCUUCUCGGUUUAAUAGCGGAAACAACUCAAAGUUCAGUUACAAGUGAUGGCGAAACAGUAGAUAUUGAAAAUAAUAUGUGGUUGUUGGAGAUGAAAAAUGAUGAAGGAAACACCGCCUUACAUGAGGCAUUGAUGAAUGAUCACGAAGGUGUGGCAUGCCAGUUGGUCAACACCGAUCCUUACCUUUCAUUUACCGCUAAUAACGAGCAAAAAUCACCUCUGUAUCUUGCAACUGAGGCCAGGUUUCUUUCAAUUGUUAAGCUGAUGCUGCUGAUCAACAGAGUUGCAGAUCAGAAUAGCACAAGUAGCAUAGGCAAGUCACCAUUGCAUGUUGCAAUUAGUCAGCGCAAUAAAGGUAUUUCAAGAACUCAUAGAAUAUUUCAUUUCAAGCUUUUAAAGUCUCUCUCUGAUGUUCUGAAAAUGAUAUAUAUGAUAUAGUUGUCUUCAAAUUAUAGGUAUCCCUCGUAAGUAUCGCAUUUUUAGGCUACUCCAAGAUGUUUUUCAUAAACGAGUUGUAUAACCAUAUAGGAAACCAAGUUCUAUUUGUUAUUACAUUUAUGUUCUAGCUAGCUGGGGUGAUAGGAACAAAAAAUCAUUUUUACCUUUAAACAUUGUAUUCUUAAUUUCUUAGUCACACUUGAUUUCACCGAUGCUAGAAAUGAUGCGGGCAAUAUCAAGGAUGGGAUUUACCAUCAACCUAAGAGAUGAGGAAGGGAGAAGUCCAUUUCAUUAUGCAGCAUCAAUAGGUUAUUUAGAAGGAGUUUGCUUUUUCUUACGCAAAUGUUCUUCAGAGUCUCAUUAUUGUAAUCAACCUGAUAAUAGUGGAACACUUCCUAUCUGUUCUGCAUCAAGAAAAGGCCAUGUUGACAUUGUUAGAGCGCUCCUUCAACAUUUUCCUGCUUUAAAGGAGGAACCCAUGAAUUCAGAUGGACAAAAUUUGCUUCAUGUUGCAGCAAAAUUUGGAAAACAUAAUCUUGUUAGAUAUUUUCUUCAGAAAAGGGAUGAAUUUCAGAUGUUGAUUAAUCACAAAGAUAACCAUGGAAAUACUCCUUUACAUCUGGCGACAAUUCACAAACAUGCAAGAGUUGUGAAACAUUUGACAUGGGAUAGAAGGACCAACUUAAACCUUUCCAACAGGAAAGACAUGACAGCUCUUGAUAUUGCAGAGGGCACUAAGGAAGUAAUUGGUUCAUUUCGUGGGAGUCCUGCAGAAGAUGUUGUAAGAAACACAGAUGGACAAGUUGCAUCGGAAAAUAAAGAUGCUGCUGCUGAAAUCAUUAAAGCUUUUAGACCGGAUAGAGAAGAUUUACAGUUAGAUGACAAGAAAAGUUAUGAAGACAGGGUCAACACUCUACUGGUGAUGACCACUCUUGUUGCUACAGUGACAUUUGCAGCUGGUAUCACAAUGCCAGGUGGUUAUAACAUCUCCGGCCCUCAUGAAGGCAAAGCAACUUUGCUAACGAGAUCUAUGUUCCAAGUCUUUGUGAUCUCCAACACCAUAGCUAUGUAUAGCUCCCUCUUUGUGGCAGUUACUCUCAUUUGGGCACAAUCUGGUGAUCUGAUUAUGGUAUUCACAGCUCUUCGUUUGGUAAUGCCAGUGUUAGGGACUGCACUAGCCAUGCUGUCUUUAGCAUUUAUGGCUGGCGUUUAUGUGGUACUAAGCAAUCUUCCUUGGCUUGCGUCUUUGGUGUUGGCCAUCGGAAUAGCUUUUCUCUACACAGUCGUGGUACUUUUCCGUCCGUUCUUCUUUCCAUCGACAAAACCCACUUUCCCUCACAUCACCUAUUAUCCCUUUUAUCUGGUAGCAAUAUUAGCUUCUGGAAGUCAAUGGAAUGACCUAGAUGAAAACUAA